GUGCUCCAGUUGCGUCUGCAACAAAGGCGAACAAGAGAGCAACUUGUAGACCAGGGCAUCAUGCCACCUUUAAAAAGCCCAGCUGCAUUUCAUGAACAGAUUAAAAGCUUGGAAAGAGCCAGGACUGAAAAUUUCCUAAAGCACAAGAUUCGAAGCCGGCCAGAUAGAUCUGAAUUAGUAAGGAUGCACAUUUUAGAAGACUUGCUGAAUCCACUGGAUACAGGUGACCAACUGUCAAACCUACCAGAAACACUUGCUGAGCCAUCCUUGCAGGCAACUCAGAUGAAAUUGAAGAGAGCACGUCUGGCAGAUGAUCUCAAUGAAAAGAUUGCUCAGAGACCUGGACCAAUGGAGUUGGUUGAAAAGAAUAUACUCCCAGUCGACUCCAGUGUUAAAGAAGCAAUUAAAGGUCAGAAUAACUUCCCAGAAAACACAGAUGCUUUUUCAUUUGAUGAGGACAGCAGUGAUGCUUUAUCACCAGAGCAGCCAGCAAGCCAAGAAUCUCAGGGAUCUGCUGCUUCUCCUGGAGAGGUCAAAGCUAGCUGAGUCAGCUUCUCCCAUAUCCAACACAACAAAAAUUCUGAGCCCAGUAAUUAAUUCAGCUGUACCUGAGUUUUUUAAAAACCCGUUCCAACCGCUGAGAGCCUGUCACAAGAUCUACUGUACCGAAUGCAAUCUUGAAACCUGGACCAGCACUAGUAAAGCAAAGCCAGCCGAAGAAUGCAAAUGAAAAACCUCGCAGUAAAAAGUCAAAAGAACCCAAACCACGGGUAAAGAAGCUAAAAUAUCACCAGUAUAUUCCACCUGACCAGAAAGGGGAGAAAAAUGAACCAGAGAUGGAUUCCAACUAUGCACGUCUGCUACAGCAACAGCAACUCUUUCUCCAGCUUCAGAUCCUCAGCCAGCAACAGCAACACUACAAUUAUCAGACAAUCCUGCCUGCACCACUUAAGUCCUUGAAUGACAAACCAAGCAAUGGAAAUGUUGCAACCAACAAUGCGAACAACACCGCCUCAGUACAGAAUACAGUGAGCAGGCAAAACAGUGUGCCGUUUAAAAAAGCAGGACCCCUGCCCUCUAACUUGGACGAUAUGAAGGUUGCCGAACUCAAAAUGGAAUUGAAGAUUAGAGGCCUGCCAGUAUCUGGCACAAAAACAGAUCUUAUUGAACGUCUGAAGCCAUACCAGGAUUUAAAUAAUAAUGGUGUAGCUGCAAACACUUCCGCAACAGUCGCCACCACAGCAGCCAGCGCUUCUACGGGUAGUGGUGCCAUAGAGGAUGCUACAACAUUUACUGCGGCAGCUUUUAGUAGUUCUUCUCAAAACAUGAAUAUAGAGAUUGCUUCAUCUACAAAUGGAAACACCCAGGCAUCUUUGGAUGCCAUGAACUCCCCAUUACCCAUGUCUCCCACCCCUUCUGAACAAUCCAACUUCAGCACCGAAGACACUAACAUGACAGACACUUUUGCUGAGAUUAUGACCAUGAUGUCGCCUUCUCAGUUUAUGAAUGCUUCGCCUAUUAAAGUUGGUAUUAAUGAGGAUAGCAUAGGGGCUACCAGUGUUAGCACUAUAAGCAUGGACUUAGAUGCUGCAGAAAAAGACCGCAAGCUUCAAGAAAAAGAGAAACAAAUUGAGGAACUUAAGAGGAAGUUGGAACAGGAGCAGAAGCUUGUUGAAGUUUUGAAGAUGCAGCUUGAAGUAGAGAAACGUGGCCAACAACAGCCAUGUUCUAACAUCUUGGUAAACGUGGAUCAGAAGCACUUCACUGCUAAUAUUAAGGAGGAGAACUCUAUGUCUGACUGCCAGAAUUCUACUCCGGCUAUUUUAAGUGGCCAUUUGAUAGGACAGUCCACAGUAACUACUGGUGGUCAGAGUAUUAUUGCCAACAACGCUGUUGUCAUCAAACAUGAAGUUCCCAAUCCUGAACAUCAGAAUAUUAUCCAGCAAUUCUAUGUGACUUCUCAAAGGCCACCACAAGCUGUGGUAGCUCAGUCUCAAGCACUCCUAACCACUCCAACCGCUCAGAUUUUACUUCCUGUUUCUAUCAAAACUACGAAUGCAAUGCAACUCUCAGUAGUUCAGCCACAACCAGCAAGCACAGCUCAGCCUCCAGUUCUUACUACAACUGCUGCAGCGUUGGUCCAAGCACCUUCAUCUCAGAAACCACCUGCAGCUCAAGACAAGUUCUCAACACAUGCUCUGAACAAGAACCAGCAAACAAGAAAGGUUUGUGCUCCGACAACAUCAAACAAUAUAUUUUCAUAUCCGCAAAAUCCAGUCACCACAGUUCCACCAUCAUUUAAUACCAGCGGGUCAACUACAUCCCAGCAAACAAACAAGAACACAGCAGGCUGCUCCUGUGCAAAAUGGUCCAUCAACAGUUCAAGAGUCCAAUUCCACUUCCCCAUCGCAGCAGUACAUUGUUCGGCAUUCUUUGUUCAACAACUCCAGUGCUAAAUCAAAAGACCCUCCGCGCUAUGAAGAGGCCAUAAAACAGGUAAUGAAUGCACACAGCCAGCAGAUGGAUGACCUGUUUGAUAUUCUCAUUAAAAGUGGAGAGAUUUCCCCUCUUGUGAAAGAAGAGCCUUCCCCGAUAUCAAAAAUGCGACCCGUGACUGCCAAUGUAACCACCAUGCCAGUAAACACCGUGGUAUCAAGGCCACCACCACAGAUACAUGUAGCGCCUCCUCUGUCUUUGGAGCCCACAAACAGUCUGUCUAUUAGCUUAGAAAGUCAGCUGGAAGCAUUCUUAGAUGGCACUCUGCCAUCAGAAACUAACAUUCCUCACCUGGAUAGUCACAGUGACGGCAGAGAUACAUUUUCUCUAAUAGACGACUUGAACAAUGAUCUUCUCCAGCACCAUAGCAUACUGGACCAUGAUCCAACACCCAUGGAAACCACGGACACGCCAUUCACUGCAAACAGCUGCUUGUCCCUAGACCUUCAAGACACCAACCUGGACAACAUGGAGUGGCUGGACAUUACCAUGCCCAAUUCAGCCUCUUCUCUUACUCCCUUGGGCUCAACUAUUCCAAGUAUGUUCUCCACUGACUUUUUGGAUACUACCGACUUGCAAUUGCAAUGGGAAUAA